UUUUCUCCCUGCUGACGUGUCACCAUUUCAUCAUGGAAAAUCUAUCAUAUUCAUUUCAUUUACAAGAAACCACCAGAAGUUCUCACUGUCGAGAUCGCCUAACUAUCGUCACCAUUGCCUCCAUCUCCACUUCAAUUUAUUUCUUCCAUUUUAUCACUUUUAUUAAUUAUUAAUAGAGUAGUUUUUGUUGUUUUAUGUUUAUAAAAUAAGAGUAAAAAUAAAAAUGUGUUGUCCUUUUAUCUCUUGGAAUUUAAUGAUUGUUAAUUUGGCACAUUCGUAUUAUUAAAUGCGAAUAUGCUGUAUUACACCAACUGCUCUUCCUCUCGGCGGUUGGUUUUUAAUUCAAUUUGUUUGGUUAUAAGUUCUCCUCAUUUGGGUUGUCUUUGAGCUGGGUUUGGUCUUUGAUUAAUCUUUUUCAGUAUUCAACAGCUUAUGAAUUUCGACAGUCUUUAAUUUUUUAUUUUUCUUCUCAUUCUGUGGUAUAUUAUUUUGUAUGUUAUUAUUCUGACUUGUGAUCAACUGGGUUUGUUGAUUAUGCUCUGAUUUUGAGGUUUUUGUUGAUCUGGGUGAUAUACGAAUUGAAAUUAGUGGAAAUAAUAAAGCGUCCUCAGACGAUGGAUCGCUCAGGUUGUUCAAUUUAAACUAUGAUUGAGUAAUUAAUUAUUGAGAUUGUUUUAAAAGGUGUGGUUGAGAAAUCGGCAAAUAAGAGGAUGUAUAGGAGAAUAGGGAGCUAUAUCUCGCGGGGCGUGUACACGGUGUCUGGGCCUUUUCAUCCAUUUGGUGGAGCUGUGGAUAUAAUAGUGGUGGAACAACCAGAUGGGAGCUUCAAAUCAUCGCCUUGGUAUGUCAAGUUUGGAAAAUUUCAGGGGGUUUUGAAGACAAAAGAGAAGGUUGUUACUAUUAGUGUUAAUGGAGUUGAAGCUGAUUUCCACAUGUAUCUUGAUCAUAAAGGGGAAGCUUACUUUCUCAAGGAGGUAGAUGUUGAAGAAGGAGAAUAUGUACUAUAUCCUUCGUCUUCCAGUGAUGAAACGGAUUGGCAAUCUAAUAGUAAUAGGAGGUCAAUGAAGUCCAAAAGUUGCAAUUAUGAUGCUGAUGAGGUGAAUUCAGCUGACCAGAUUGAUGCUAGUAAUAAGAAGGUUGUGGCUAGGUCUGGUUCUCGCCGGGCAAGGUUGCUCGGGUUUGUUCUUGGACGGAGGUCUAUGAAGGAUAAUGGCUAUAAGGAGGGAGAAGGCGAUGCUAGCAUGUCAAGGCUAAGUUCAUUGGAACGUGCUGAGAUUGCAGCUGAUCUAUUGGAGGUGAAGUGGUCUACCAAUUUGGCCUCUAGUAAGUGCAGGAAAGAUAAUGCUUCCCGGUUUUCUGCUGAUGAUGUUUUGGAUGAUAAAGUGGUUGAACAUAUAGAGGUAAAAGAUGAUGAAAUCCAGGUGGAAUCCUCUGUGAAUGACGAUAGGAAGAACAGGACUGAUGAUUCUGUAUCAGACAGGGAAACUAUUUGUUUAAUAGAGCAAAUGGAUGGAUGUCCUUUCUCUAGCUCUGAGAACCUGGAGACUUCUACUGUGGAAGCUAGCAUAGAAACAUCAUGUAUAGACACCAUGGAACAAGUUGUUGAAACUUCCUUAUUUGGUGAAAGUACCGUGGAAGCAGAUUGUGUAAUAGUAUCUGAAAUAUUAAGAGCAGCUGACGAUUUUGGUGUAGGGAAUGCUGACCAGGCCUGCCCAGUUUCACUAAUUGAAUGUGAGCUUGAAGAAUGUCAUCGAAAGCUAACUGAUGAAGAACAGGCUUGUGAUGAAGAGGAUCCUAUUAGUCCAGGUUGUAGAGUUUCUGAGGAGAGUGGAUCAGACAGAGUUCAAUCCUUUGUAUACUGUGAAACAUCAGAGAGCUCAAUAAUUGGGUUGGAUAAUUCAAAUAAUCAGGCUCAAGAAACACUGUACCUUACCAGUGGAGGAUGUGGGGAAGUCCAUGUUCCUGUCGAGACUGUACAUGUGACAACUGAGCUACUAUUGAAGGAUACUGAUGUCAAGCAAGCAAAGCAUAUUGAUCUGAAGAAAGAACUGGCAGAGGUUUCUGAUACGGACGUUGCAAACCCGAUAAUAAUGCCAGAAUCUUAUCCUGACAUGGUCUGUGCUGACCCAGCACUCUGUUCAACCAAAGAAGUAGACUCACAGAAUAUUUGCGCCACUCUAAAUGUCAGUUCUGAGGUUCAGGAUGGGUUAAAUAUUACAGAUGAUGUUCAUCAGUCUUUGGGUAUUGGUGAUUCCAAAAGAAAUUAUAGUGACAUUGUCAUGGAUAAAGCAGGAAGUGAUUCACCACUGGCGAGUUUAGAGGAAGAACAAUUCCUUUUCAGUGACCUUGAUGAAUUCAAAUUCAACGAGGUUCAUUGUGUUGAUUCAAGUUCUCCAGCUUGUUUAAAAAAAGAUAAUCAUCUAGCCUAUAGUGGUGAAGGCAUCAAAGCAGUCAAUGGGUUAGUCGAUGCAAACGAUGAGUCUUAUUCUUCUUCAGAUAUGUUUGCUCAAUACAACCCAUCGACUGAUCUUGAAAACUCAAUGGAGAAAUUAAGAGUAAUGUCAAGUCCCAUUAGUGUUCCUGGAAGUCAUAAGGCUGUUGAAGAACUUGGGCGACUGGCAGAGUCAUUGCCAAAUAUGUGGUAUCCUACUAGUGACUUGAGUGCGGAUGCUUAUCAUUUUCCUGUUAGCCAUUCGUUGGACUUAAAUUCUGAACCCUUGAACUGGACAUUGCUCAAGGAAAACGAUUCUAGCUGCAUAAAGUCAGAUGCUGACAAAGAACAACAACUGGCACAAGAACAGCCUAAUAUUGACAAUAGUCAAGAGCUCAAAAGUGCUCUUUCCAGUCCUACAGUUGAGGUAUCUCUUUGCAAACACUUGUUAUGGGAAGGAAUGGGUGCUAAUGCUGCUUCUCAGGCAUUUGAUGCUGAAAAAGUAGAUAUAGAGAAAUUUACUUCUCCAGGUCCUGCUGUUUUGAAGAAUGAUAGGCUUGUUGUCAGAAUUGGUGGCCAUUACUUCCCAUGGGAUGUGGCUGCUCCAUUUGUCUUGGGGAUGGUUGCAUUUGGAAUUAAAGAAAUUAAUGAGCCAAAAGGCAUGAUACCGGUUGACCGAGUUGAGAAAUCUCUUGUAGGGGAUCCUUCAAAAUCCAUUGUUUCCCCUGGUGGAAGCUGGAGGCUUUGGCCUUUUUCUCUUAGAAGAUCAAAAUCCAGGAAGGCUACACAACCAGCCCAAAGUGAUACUAAAAGUUCUGAUGCUGAGGUCGCUUCAGAGAGCAUUGAUGGCUUGAAUGAAGCUAAUAAUGUGUGUAAACCCAAGAUGGCAAAGAAGAUGGUUAGGGCAAUCACUCCAACUUCCGAGCAGCUGGCAUCUCUGAAUCUGAAGGAAGGGAGGAACACUGUUACUUUCACAUUCUCCACUGCAAUGCUAGGGGAGCAAGAGGUUGAUGCCAGAAUUUAUUUGUGGAAAUGGAACACUCGUAUAGUAAUCUCAGAUGUGGAUGGAACAAUUACAAAGUAA